GCUGGCCUUAUAAGGCAUCCAGAGCCAUGGCAACUGCAGGGCUUGAAUAGCAGUGUCAAAUCCCUCAGCACACAGACACACGCUCACUCUCCCUAAAGGAGGGAGCGAAGCGGAGGAAGAGGAGGCUAUCUCUGCCGUGGCUCGAACAGAAGAGGAGCGCUCUGUGUUUUCGCUAAUUUAUUCCUGCCAAAGCCGGCUGGAAAAAACGGGGAAAAGGACGAUCAGAGAGGAGCGAGGAGUGCAGCAGUAAAACCCUGAGUCUGUGACAGCUGAAGCGGGGACGUUCUGGCCUCUAGAUGUUGCUGCAGGAUGGACAAGCUCUGAGAAAACAAGACAACAGAGACAUGACUUUGGGAAAGGAGAGCAGACUGUGACGGAGGAGAUUUCUCAACUCAGCCUUUGUUUUGGCUUGUUUUUUCUCUGACAUUUGAUCCUCUGACCCCAUUGGCUUUGAAGGAGCAGAAGAAAACAGAGUUUCAUCACAGAGGGCAAAGCAGGAGGACGUCUUUGGUGAACUUUGCUGCUCCAGAAACCAGCUGAGUCAGAAGAAAAAGAUAGUUUCCAAAAACAGAAAAGAGAAGAAUAAAACACUUUUAUUUCUUUUAGCCAUCUGUGCAUUUCUGAAAAAGCCUCAACAAGUUAAGUGUGCGUCUGGACUGGAAGAGCUCAGAUCAGAAGAUAGCACCUCAGCAGGGCAGGAACUGGUUGGACGAGUUUAUAAGUUAGAGGAAAGGGCAGGGCAGUUUAACCCUGCAUGAAGGAGAACUGAACUGGUUUUAUUUUUCUAUCACCUGCUGGACGCUUUGAGGGAAAGUGCUGGCCUGAAACAGAAGAGAGGAGGCAGAUUUUUCCCAAUAUCCGCGUCUCUUUUCAUCAUGCUCAAUCGUAGGUGAGGUAUUUUCUUCUUCCUUUCACAGUCAGGGUCGGAGAAAGCGGGUGAGAGGGAAGGAGAAAGAGUCAAAGAGUAAUUUAUUGUUUCCUGUGAAAAGAGCAGGGCUGCACCCUUUACUCCUGCCUGAACUCUGAACUACUUAAUGCGCGUCUGAAGUUUCUCCCCGAGCUCAAGAGCCAUUGAUCAGAGGUCAGGGCUGAACAAGAGGCAAGAGAGGGAGAGAGCGGAGGGAUUAAAGAAGGGAGAGGAAAAAUAUCGCAGAGGAAGGACCUCCGGGUCAGGACUGCCAGACGGCGAAGGGGAUAAAGGUCAACACAGGCGAAUCGGGACAACUUCGUCUCCUGUUUUCAGAUCUUCCAGGACGAAGUUGCUCAAAUCCAAACCAGGCAUCGCAACCUCGGAGUCUGAAACCAGUCCUCCAAACUUUGAAAGGGGAGCAACGCGAAACCCGGCUGAGACGGCGAAGGGUUCGUGUAUGAUCCUCUUACGGGGCGACGCGCCUUUGAGAACAUGGCCAUGGUGAGCGGGGGAUGGGGCAACCCCAACGGGGACACCAACGGGCUGGGAGACAAGGCGUACCUGAGGAGGGAGGAGGACAACGACUCGCCGCAGGCCGGCAGCAGCGACGUGGACGUGGGCGACGAGGACAAGACCUGCGUGGUGGACUGCGUGGUGUGCGGGGACAAGUCCAGCGGGAAGCACUACGGCGUGUUCACCUGCGAGGGCUGCAAGAGCUUCUUCAAGAGGAGCAUCAGGAGGAACCUGAACUACUCCUGCAGAUCGAACAGAGAAUGCCAAAUUGACCAGCAUCACCGUAACCAGUGCCAAUACUGCCGUUUGAAGAAGUGUUUUCGCGUCGGGAUGCGGAAAGAAGCUGUCCAACGGGGUCGAAUCCCUCCGUCUCACUCAGGUAUCAGUCCGAACUCCCUGUCUGGAGGACCUGGGGGUCCGGGUCACAUCGGGGCGGAUUAUUUCAACGGCCAGCCGGUGUCGGAGCUCAUCUCCCAGCUGCUUCGGGCCGAGCCGUACAGCACCAGCCGCUACGGCGCCCCCUACACUCAGGCACAGAUACAGGCGUCGGCGAGCGGCGCGUCCGUCAUGGGCAUCGACAGCAUCUGUGAGCUGGCCGCCCGCCUCCUUUUCAGCACCAUCGAGUGGGCCAGAAACAUCCCAUACUUUCCAGAACUCCCCGUCUCAGAGCAGGUGGCGCUGCUGAGGCUGAGCUGGAGCGAGCUGUUCAUCCUGAACGCGGCGCAGUCCGCCCUGCCGCUGCACAUGGCGCCCCUGCUGGCCGCCGCCGGUUUCCACUCAUCCCCCAUGUCCGCGGAGCGCGUGGUGUCCUUCAUGGACCAGGUCAGGGUGUUCCAGGACCAGGUGGACAAGCUGAACCGGCUGCAGGUGGACUCCGCCGAGUACAGCUGCCUCAAAGCCAUCGCCCUCUUCUCCCCCGAUGCGUGCGGCCUGUCCGACCCGGCCCAUGUGGAGUCGCUGCAGGAGAAGGCGCAGGUCGCCCUGACCGAGUACGAGCGGCUGACGUACCCCAGCCAGCCUCAGCGCUUCGGACGCUUGCUGCUGCGCCUGCCGGCUCUGCGCGCCGUGCCGGCGAACCUCAUCUCUCAGCUCUUCUUCAUGAGGCUGGUGGGCAAGACGCCCAUCGAGACGCUGAUCCGAGACAUGCAGCUGUCAGGGAGCUCCAUCAGCUGGCCGUACGCGGCGGGACAGUGAACGGCCCGCCGGGUCGGAGAGAGACGGGCUGAGGUCAGACUGCAGGGAGGCGUCGCCAUGGAGGCGAGCGAGGGCUGGGCGGCGGGGCUUAAAAAUUUAAUCUACCAUUUUUUUCGUACCAGAUCCGAUUUCCGAUUUUAUUAGAUUUUUUUUCUUAAAAAAAAAAAAAAACAUUUUCAAAAAGCGGCUUUUAUUUUAGUCAUUUAUUGUGUUAGUUGUACGGAAGAAUAUUAGGGCCAGUUUAUUUACAGGAACAUAGCCAUAAUGUUAGCAGAAUAAAGACGCAACUUUACUAGAAAAACGUAGGAGAAAAAAAGUCAUUUUAAUAAGAAGGCUUAGAUAUUUUUUUGUGUUGUAGUUCUCAUAAAAGUACUACUUCAUCCUCUGAAUAUUCAGAUUUUAUUCUUGUAAUGAAAACAGAAAAGCAUCUUAGUCUGACCCAUUUCGCUGCAAAGUGGACCUGAAUUCAUGGUCCAAACAAACAAGCUCUAAAACACGUUUGUCAAACAAGAUGGCGGCUCUGGGUGAGAUUACGUCACUCUGAACCACGUGUGUCAAACUCAAGGCCUGGGGGCCAAAUCCGGCCCACCAGAAGUAUUUUUUGUGGCCCUUUAGACUCUUACAUAUAAUUUUAUUAGUCAAACAAAAGUCGUUUUUAUCUGUAUGCUGCAAAAUUACAUGUUCAGUAUUAUUUAAUUUCAGCUUCCAGCUUCUUAUUAAUACUUUUACAGUUUGGGUAGUUUUAUCAGUACAUUCUGCCACAACCGGCUCUUUGAGGAUGUUGGUGAUUUUGAUACCCAAAAUGAAAAUGAGUUGAACCAAGGGAGUGAAAUGGUGAAAAAAAAAAAAAGGUUUUCUAAAUAUUAAAUGUUGAAAAAUCGUUUUAUGGCCCAGCCCUACUCUGGUUUUCAGAUCCUGAUUUUGCCGUUAUGGCAGUAAGGAAACGGCGGUGCGUUCCUGAAGUCUGCAGCGCUGUCAGUGGCGUUUUCUCCUCUGGCUUCGUCUCCCUCUGAGCGAACAGGGCCUCCAUUAAACUGCUCUCUCACAUGAGGCCAUGUGCCUCCUCUACCUCCUCCCAUAUGACCCCCAAUGUGACUCCAGCUGAACCCGGCGCUGUGUGCUCUCCUGUCUCUGUUGUCCAGUCUAAAUUAAGCCAUAGCAGCCAGAUCAGGGCUGGGACGUUUUGUAGGGAUCACAAACCCAGGAGAUGUAAAUACGAGUCUGUUACAGUGCUGUGGAAAAACUAUUCACCCCCUUACAGACUGUUUUGGUUUUGAAAAGCUCAAUUGUUCACUGCAAAUAAACAAAAUAUAACCAAGUAUCUUCGGUCUAGUUUCUAGUGAAGUACUUAGCACAGUUGGAAUAAGACAGAAGUGACUUACAAAUGACUUUUCUGCUUGGUUUUAGUGAAUAUUUAUUAAUAUAAAGUACAAGUUCCACUGGCAGAUUAUAAAUACUGGAAAAAAAGGAACCUCAGCUUGACGCCAACGGUAUAAUUUAUGUAAUAACAUAUUUUCUUAUUUUUAUUCUUUUUCCUUGUUGAUUAUUAGUCAACUGCUCUUGUCAAACUAGUUGCUCUGUACUUUUUGUUAGCGAGUGUCUAACUGUUCAAUGUAUGUAUGUGUAUUUCUAAAACCGUUAAAAUAACAAAAAUAAAGUUUUAAAAAAUAAAAUAAAAUCACAUGAAUAAAAACAAAAGAAAAAAAUUUAUAUGUGAAAUAAUCUAGUGGAACCAGUUCUUUUUAUCGAUAUUCAAGAACUAUUGACUUAAAACAAUCUGAAAAGUAACUUUUAACUCUUCGAGACCGACGAUCCAGCCAACUUUACAGUACCGUAAUUCACUUUGCACUAUCUGAAAAUCUCCAGCGGUUUCUGAAAGGGGAGACGUUGCGCUUUCCAGCCAAUAUGGGGUUAAUAUGGUAAUUUCACUCCCGCCGCAGCAGAGAGUGAAAUUAAAUAGACGGUAAAUUUAGAAAAUAACUUGCUAGAUAUUGAAAGUUCCAGUUGCUGUGGAUAAAUGGGCAAAUAUAUUUACAUUUAAAGAACAAUUAGAAGAAUAAUUAAAAUAAGAAAAAAUAUUCAGAGAUUUGAAACUUGGGCCUAAAAUGGUUAAGUUACUUUCGUCUUAGUUCAAGUGGACCAAGUAUUAGCAGUAGAAACUGAAGUAUGUGGUAAGGUUUUGUGUUUUGCAGUGUCUCUAAACCUACGAAGACGUAGAACAAUUAAAGCUGCUUUUAACGGAGAAACAUGAUUUCUGCAGCGCUUCAGAUGUUGCUUUAUGACGUCCUGGAAGAGUUUUGAGGUAUUUCUCUUUGGACUGUCAUUUCUAGGAAGGUUCACCAGCGUUCCAUGUUUUCUUCAUUUGUGGUCAAAGUCUCACAUUCUGGGUUUCUGGGGUACAAAAAGCCUCAGAAACAGCUUCGUAACUCUUUCCACACUGACAGAUGUCAGGCGUUGUUCUCAUAGGUAAUUUCAUUAGGUUGGGACCUGACGUGUAGCUUUUAGAAGUCUUUAUGUUGCCAGACAUGUUCCGUUUCACUCAUUUUUUGACUCUUUAGGUUUGAGCUCAGCUUUCUAGUUAAAUCAUAACUCAACAAGUUGCGUCUCCAUUUGCACAGGCUGCUAUGGAGAGCUACGUAUCUGAAAUCAAAAUUUGCUUCUUGUGAGAAUGAAGAGAAAAAAUCUUCUAUAAGGGGGGGAUUUUGUUCACAGCACUGUACAGAAAUAAAAAGUGUUAGCUCAACUUUUUUUUUUUUUUGCAAAUACCUUAGCUUUUUUUUUUUCUUUUUAAGACGGGGACCUGUGGUGUUUCUCCGCAAUGAUGCGAAUGUAUUAAACGUUAAAACACAGCCUGGUUGUUCAGACAGUCACAUCCCUGUGGAUGCUUUUAUUACCUCAUGUUUUCUUCACCACAGACACAGAUUGUGUGGUGAACUUACUGAUGUGUUCAUGAUAAAGGGAUCAACCGCGGCAUCGGACUUCACCUGAAGCAUCUUUGAGGAUCUUUUAAGCCUCACCUUGGAUGAAACAAGAUGGCCGACUCAAGUGAAUCUUUUAUGACGACUCUUUGCUACCUGGAUGCCGUUUCCUUUGCUUUUAUAAGUGUUGAUGAUUUAUUUCUUCCCCGCUUUACUCCCCCUUAAAGAGAUAAGUCGUCUCCAGAUUAUUAUGAUGAUGAUGAUGAUGAUGAUGAUGAUGAACGGUACGUUGAUGUUUAGGCGUGACUUUGGGAUCCAGGUACUUCAUAGUUCAUAAAGACUGAACCGCAGCUCAGUGGACAGAAACUCUUUAUUUUUGCCAAACUAAUAAUUGAUGAAACAUGUUUUGGUGUGACUUAUUUUUCCUGCUAUAAGAUUUUUAAAAAGGCAGCAAGAGCCGUGAUCCCUGGUGCAUCAGUUUGUGUUUAUUUGUUAGUAUUUUGACUUUAGUGAUUUAACUGUGGCAGUAGAUUUACAUGUAAAAGAAUCUUGUUUCAUGCCAAAACUAAAAACUGCUAAAGAA